CCCCCCGCCUCGGGAAGUCCAGUGCCACUCACUGCGCGCCGCGCCCCAGCCCGCUCCGCUCUCCAUCCACCGCCUCGCGGUAAAGAUACCUGCACCACCGUCUCAGAAUGGCCAACAGGGGACCUGCUUACGGACUGAGCCGGGAGGUACAGCAGAAAAUCGAGAAGCAGUAUGAUGCUGACCUGGAGCAGAUCCUCAUUCAGUGGAUCACCACACAGUGCCGCCGAGAUGUUGGGCGGCCCCAGCCUGGACGAGAGAAUUUCCAAAACUGGCUCAAGGAUGGCACGGUGCUGUGUGAGCUCAUCAAUGGGCUAUACCCUGAAGGCCAGGGCCCGGUAAAGAAGAUCCAGGCUUCAGGCAUGGCCUUCAAACAGAUGGAACAGAUUUCUCAGUUCCUGCAGGCAGCAGAGCGCUAUGGCAUCAAUGCCACUGAUAUCUUCCAAACUGUGGACCUCUGGGAAGGAAAGAAUAUGGCCUGCGUGCAGCGGACACUGAUGAACUUGGGUGGGCUGGCAGUGGCUCGGGGUGAUGGGUUCUUCUCUGGAGAUCCUAACUGGUUCCCUAAGAAGUCCAAGGAGAAUCCCCGAAAUUUUACAGAUAACCAGCUGCAGGAGGGCAAGAAUGUCAUUGGACUGCAAAUGGGCACCAACCGUGGGGCAUCUCAGGCAGGCAUGACUGGAUAUGGGAUGCCGCGGCAGAUCCUCUGAUCACCACUCUUCUUUACCCUCCCUUGAAUGGUUAAUAUAUUUCUAGCAGUGACAUUCCCAGGAAGCCCGUGGAACUCUCAAGCCCCUUCUGUUCCCAACUCUUCCUCUUUCCCCCCUACUCCCUACCCACUAGUGGCACUACUUCUGUUGUGCCUAUAGGUGCUGAGCCAGUGGCUUUUCACCUUGAACUUGCCGUAAUACACUCCUCAUCCCCCAAAUCAGCAAAACUGGACCAACCACCCCAUCUCCCCUUCUGGACCAAAACUGGGGGGUACCUGACCCCUUCAACAUUCCUAUUCAUUCUCCCACCCUGGCUCAUCCUCUCAUUUGGGAACUUGCACCCAUAUAGCCAUUCUUUAAGCUGGGGUUCAGGGCACUGCCUUGAAAGGAGCUGAACAUGGGACCAAUUUCUCUUCCACAAGGUUGUUCUUCCUGCUCCUCCCACCCCCCAGCCUUGCCACUGUGGGGACUUAAUUUAUAGGGAGGGACCUAUGGUGGCUGCCGUCCUGGCCACAGCUGGACUUUGAAAGCCAUACAUCUGGGUAGGCCUCUCCUUGGCAGGGCCUUCUUUUUCCCUUGGUCCCUUCCUUCUUGGCAUUCCCUUAUGCCUAUUCCCCUCUUUACCCGGUGGCCUGAGACAGGGUUGGGGGGCGGAGGGGAUGUCCAGGGAGGUGGGUUGGCCUUGCCUUCUCUCUCCUCCAUCCUUCCCCUCUUCCUCAGAAGGCCCACCCAAAGUCUGAGACUUGAGGAAUGUGAGUUUGCUGAUCUGAAUAAAGAUUCCCAGUCUUUGUAA